AUUUCUGCUACAACAUCAAGCUUGGAAUUCUUGGUCUUUACAUUAAUAUCAAUCAUCCUAACAAGUUUGGAGUAAUUGAGAAGAUAUUUUGAGCGGUUUAAAAUUGGGUCUUAGUGUCCACAUUGUAGUCGGGUCAAGCCGGGUUCAGUUACAAAAUCGGGUAAAUAUUGGAUCAUCGAAUAUUCAUCAAGCUUCAAGAAAAACUCAACAAAUAUAAGGGUUUUGUGUAAAUGAUUGGUGAACUUUCAGAAUCAGAUUGGAAGCUACCCAAAAGUUUGAUCACAUUAAGAAACCAUUCCUCUGAAACUAAAGUCAUGGAAGGUAGAGUAAGAAAAAAUGUACCUUGUACAAUUAGAAAUCCUACAACCAACCCUAUAAAUGAAGGGAUGGUGAGAAGGGAUAUGGAAUAUAAACAAUCUGUUACUCAGGGCACCGGAAAGAAGGCGUUGCGAGACGGUUAUUUUGGGUUUGAAUCUAUGUUUCUGCUUGUUUGUCUAACCGCCUCGUUACUGAUACUUCCAUUGAUACUUCCUCCAUUGCCACCACCUCCAUUUUUGCUACUUUUGCUUCCAAUUGGGAUUCUUGGGUUACUUAUGAUAUUGGCUUUUAUGCCUUCUAAUGUUAGAGACUUGACUUAUAUGUAAAUGAUGUAGCUUUAUCCUUUGUUUCUCCAUUGCUUCUAAUUUGAUUUUGUUAUAACAUACUUCCUCAGAUAUGAAAUACUCGCAAUUGAUUGUGACAUCAACUA